CGAGAGAGAGAGAGAGCGAGCGAGGGGGAGAGAGAGCAGUGAACUGUGAGGCGAACUGUUAGAAACUAGAGGACUGUCUGUCUGUCGGACUGAGAGAUUCCUGGUCGCGUCGCCGCAGCCUCUCCCCGCAUUUUAUGAGAAAGGACGGCAGCUCCAGUCGCUCCACAGAGGGUGUCGAAAAUGGCCGUGUGGAUCCAGGCUCAGCAGCUCCAGGGAGACGCUCUGCACCAAAUGCAGUCCCUGUACGGUCAGCACUUUCCCAUUGAGGUGCGACACUACCUGUCCCACUGGAUAGAAGCCCAGCUCUGGGAUGCUGUAGACCUGGAGAACCCACAGGAAGAGUUCAAGGCCAAACGCUUGCUGGACAGUCUGAUACAGGAGCUGCAGAACAAGGCCGAGCACCAGGUGGGAGAGGAUGGAUUCCUCCUCAAAAUCAAACUGGGACACUAUGCCAGCCAGCUCAAGAGCACGUAUGACCGCUGUCCUCUGGAGCUGGUGCGCUGCAUCAAGCACAUCCUCUACACGGAGCAGCGGCUCGUCAGAGACGCCACCAACUCGAGCUCCCCGGUGGGCGGGAUGAUGGACAGCAUGUCUCAGAAAUACCAGCAGAUCAACCAGGCCUUCGAGGAGCUGCGUUUGAUGAGCCAGGACACGGAGAACGACCUGCGCAAGCUGCAGCACAACCAGGAGUACUUCAUCAUCCAGUACCAGGAGAGUCUCCGAAUUCAAGCUCAGCUGAGCAGCCUGGCCACGCUGCCCCCUGCUGACCGGCAGCUCCGGGAGCCCGCCCUGCUCAGCAAACGGGCCACGGUGGAGACGUGGCUGACCCGCGAGGCCAACACACUACAGAAGUACCGACUGGACCUGGCAGAGAAGCACCAGAAAACACUGCAGCUGCUGAGGAAGCAGCAGACCAUCAUUCUGGACGACGAGCUGAUCCAGUGGAAGAGACGGCAGCAGCUGGCAGGCAACGGGGGCCCGCCGGAGGGGGGCCUGGACAUCCUGCAGUCCUGGUGCGAGAAGCUGGCAGAGACCAUCUGGCAGAACCGGCAGCAGAUCCGGAGAGCGGAGCACCUCAGGCAGCAGCUGCCCAUCCCGGGCCCCAUCGAGGAGCUCCUCAACGAACUCAACGGCACCAUCACGGACAUCAUCUCGGCGCUGGUGACCAGCACCUUCAUCAUCGAGAAGCAGCCGCCGCAGGUGCUGAAGACCCAAACCAAGUUCGCCGCGACAGUUCGCCUGCUGGUGGGGGGGAAGUUGAACGUGCACAUGAACCCACCCCAGGUCAAGGCCACCAUCAUUAGUGAGCAGCAAGCCAAGGCCCUGCUGAAGAACGAGAACACGAGGAACGACAGCAGUGGGGAAAUUCUCAACAAUAACUGCGUGAUGGAGUACCACCAGACUACAGGCACUCUCAGCGCCCACUUCAGAAACAUGUCCUUGAAGCGGAUCAAGCGGUCGGACCGGCGCGGGGCGGAGUCCGUCACGGAGGAGAAGUUCACCAUCCUCUUCGAGUCCCAGUUCAGCGUCGGCGGGAACGAGCUCGUCUUCCAAGUGAAGACGCUGUCGCUCCCCGUGGUGGUGAUCGUCCACGGCAGCCAGGACAACAACGCCACAGCCACCGUGCUGUGGGACAACUCCUUCGCGGAGCCGGGACGGGUGCCUUUCCUUGUGCCAGAUAAAGUGCUGUGGCCUCAGCUGUGCGACUCCAUCAACAUGAAGUACAAGGCCGAGGUGCAGAGCAACCGAGGCCUGUCGGAGGAGAACCUGGUCUUCCUGGCCCAAAAGGCCUUCAGCAGCUCCAGCAACAACCCGGACGACUACCGCAACAUGACCAUGACCUGGUCCCAGUUCAACAGGGAGAGCUUGCCGGGGAGAAACUUCACCUUCUGGCAGUGGUUCGACGGCGUGAUGGAGCUGACGAAGAAGCACCUGAAGCCGCACUGGAACGACGGAGCCAUCUUGGGCUUCGUGAACAAGCAGCAGGCUCAGGACAUGCUGAUGUCCAAACCCAACGGCACCUUCCUUCUGCGCUUCAGUGACUCGGAGAUCGGCGGCAUCACGAUCGCCUGGGUGGCAGAGAAUCCCAACAAAGCCGGUGAGAGGAUGGUCUGGAACCUCAUGCCCUACACAACCAAAGACUUCACCAUCCGCUCGCUGGCCGACCGCAUCAGCGACCUCAACCACCUGCUGUUCCUCUACCCCGACCGGCCCAAGGACGAGGUCUUCUCCAAGUAUUACACCCCGCCGCUCUCCAAAGCGGUGGACGGCUACGUGAAACCACAGAUCAAACAAGUCGUGCCUGAGUUUGCCACAGCCAAUCCCGACCCAACAGGUGGAAACCCGACCUACAUGGAGCACGCCUCCCCAGCGCCUGUCAAUCAUCCCCACAACUACGGCAUGUACCCAGCUAUGAACGACGCCAUGCUGGACGCCGACGGCGACUUCGACCUGGACGACACCAUGGACGUGGCCCGGCACGUGGAGGAGCUCCUGCGGAGGCCCGUGGAGAGCCAGUGGGGCGGGCAGCAGUCGUGACCCCUGACCUUGUGAUGCCUACAGACCCCCCCCACCCACUCGCAUUGACAUUUCUUAUGGUUCGAUUCCAUUCUCUCGUCAGAUAGGUAUAAUGUGAAACGACGUUGAUGACGGUGGUGAUUAGUUUUCUCUUCAGCAUGAACACAUGCAUGUCAGUAACACGUCUUAGCUUUUCGUGUCCAGAAGUAUUUGUAACAGAGACUAAGUAUCACGCAACACCCUCCGAUGUUACAGUAUUUUAAAGAAGCCGAGGUUCAUUGAAAAAAGUGCACGCAUUUCCGACAAAAGUAGAGUUUUGCUGCUGCUUUCACCAACGGGAUCCGAGUCUCGGCUCUGCGGCGCCAGUUUUCCAAUCCACAUACACUAACCUGAAGAACGAGCGACCCUAUCACUCACCUCUCUGUUGUGAUUUGCUCACCAGCUGGAACCCAGGACGGGGGGGGGGGGGUCCUCCCUCGCUUUCACAGGGCUAUUUGUCUCGUGUUUAUACACAGAAAUGCAAAUCGGAGCAUUUACCCGGCGCUGCCUGCCUGCUUCUCCUCUCAGGUCCCUCGGUUCCCCCUCGUCAGUGCUACCUCGCAUUUUCGGUUUUCGGCCAUUAGGCGCCAUCUUUGCUCCGGGUCACGGCGUUCCUGUCAUUUGUUGUAUUAAACAGCUGUCGGCGGCACCAGACGCCGCACGGGGCCCUUCUGACACGCGUCUCACCCACGGCAUGAUCGUGCCACCGGCUCAGUUUGCAGAGCGCCGAUAUAAAUACUGCACGUCCGCUCACGUGAACCUGCGUCUCCGCUUCUGCUUUUUCGUCCCGUCCUGCAUCACAUGCACGCGAAUGGAGAUCGCUGAUACUUUUACUCCACUGCCUCUUCUCGAUACAUACACGUGUACAAUGCUGAAUAGAAACUGUCGUGGACAACAGCCUUGCACCUCAGGAAUGAAACGCUUUGCUUAACUGUGGUAUAAGCCAAAUAAUAAAUGAUCUAUGUACACAGAAUAUGAACUUAUUUUCUAUGGUACUUCUAUUUUAUUAUUGUUUCUCUGCCACCUCCCCCUGAAACAGUGUAACCUCUGCAUGACUACAGUAUGUUGAGGCCUCCUCAGACUAAGCAGAGGUCUAGUGUCAACUGAAAGAUACUGUACAAGUAUAGAAUCUGAGAAUUUAUCAUGUACAUGUUUGUCCAACAGAUAUCACAGUAUUUAAAAUAUCCCUGUUUGUUCUUCUCUGUUCUUUUUAUUUGUAUCUCUUGUUUGGAAAUCGCAGCCUACGUGGGCAGUCUCGUGAUGAAUCCUUACCAAUAUUCACAUUAUUUCUGAGCUCUGUUCCGCUGUAGACUGUACAUUAUUUUGAAGGCGUGGACGACGCCGUGUGCUGUUCAUUGUAUGUACUAUGUUUGUGGUUUUGAGUUUAUCACUCGGCUGUUUUCCAAGAGAAACAGCCGUGGAGUUGAAAUGAAGAAAAUAAAGUUUUAUAAAUAACUGUA